AUGGCGUCCUCAUACCAAUACCGCAACUCAUACCACAACUCGACCCAGAACAUUAGCGAAAAGUACGACGACGGCCGCCCGGCCACCUCCCGCCGCAACACGCGUCUAAGGAGUAGCGACGGCACCGUUAGCACCACAAUGAGCUCCUCGACAGGGCGUGAGAGCGCCGCAACCCACGUCACCGAGGGCCCUGCUUAUUCCAAGAAGAUUGUCGUCGUCGGCGACGGCGGCUGCGGCAAGACAUGUCUCCUUAUCAGUUACAGCCAAGGCUACUUUCCAGAGAAAUACGUCCCCACUGUGUUCGAGAACUACAUCACCUACCCGACGCACCCACCGUCAGGCAAGACAGUGGAAUUGGCGUUAUGGGACACGGCCGGCCAGGAGGAAUACGACCGGCUGCGACCGCUCUCUUAUCCCGAGACCGACUUGAUCUUUGUGUGUUUUGCGAUUGACUGCCCAAAUUCGCUUGAAAACGUCAUGGACAAGUGGUAUCCCGAAGUCCUUCACUUCUGCCCAUAUACUCCUCUGGUCCUCGUGGGCCUCAAGUCCGACCUCCGUUUCAAGAAAACGUGCAUCGACAUGCUGAAGACGCAAGGCCUCACGCCCGUGACUCAGGAGCAAGGUCGCGCCGUUGCUCGCAAGAUGGGCGCCCAAUACGUAGAGUGCAGCAGCAAGGAGAUGACGGGUGUGGACGAAAUCUUUGAACAGGCAAUCCUGACGGUCGUCGCCAAUGAUCGGAAAAACCAGGAAGCUCAAGCUGCCGUCUCCUCGUCAAAAUCCAGUGGUCCUCCUGGAAGCAGUGCAGGCUUCCCUGGCGUCGCUCUUAAGAAGAAGAAGAAGAGGAAUUGCAAGAUCCUGUGA